AUCAUCCUCAACCCACCGACAUCUUCCAUCAUUUAUCAACACAUCCCACACAAUAUGAAGACACGGAAAUCACUUCAUCCAACAUGCAACUCCAGAAGGAGAGUCACGGCAGGCAUGCUCCUCUCGUUUCUUUCCCUUACCUCCAUCGUCGACGCGGCGAAAGCCCCCGCCAUUGACCCUUGGUAUCCGUUGCCUGCGCCCAAACAACACAACACCCACGACUUCACACUACGACACAUCUUUCAUCGAGGCACAUACCAGGACCCGAACUUACACAAACGAUAUGACUUUCGCCCUCAAGAGCCUCUGCUUCUCUCCGAAGAGGAAGAUGGGUUACGACGCCCCCUCGCCGAAACGCCACACUUUACAGCGAGAUCCGAUUCCAUGGAGAUUGAAAGAUUAGUGGACAGAGAACCAUACAACAUCGAGCGGUAUCUAGAAUAUGCUCGCUAUACUGGCUCUCCUGCUAUCCUGGACGCCUCGGACUGGUCGAUGGACGAGGUCAAGGGCCCCAACAUUUCUGACAAAGAGACCGUUCUCAACCUCGCUAUAAUGGCAGCCGAUGCUUAUGCAGAAAUACCAGGCGAAGGAGACUGGCAAGAUGUUGGUCAGGGAUACAACAGAUCCACUGGGUUUGGCUGGCAAGGUGAUGGUCUUCGGGGGCACAUCUUCGCUGAUAAAGGCAAUGAGACCGUCAUCAUCAGUUUGAAAGGCACGUCCCCGGCCGUGUUUGAUGGAGAUGGAACGACAGCCCGAGACAAGCUCAACGACAAUUUAUUCUUUAGUUGUUGCUGCGCCCAAGGCGGACAGUACUUCUGGCGACAAGUGUGUGAUUGCUACGACAGUACCUAUACAUGCAAUCAGACGUGUCUGAUAAAGGCCCUGCGAAGAGAAAACCGCUACUACCGAGCAGCAAUCGACCUAUACACUAACGUCACCGAACUCUACCAAGACUCGAAUGUAUGGCUUGUCGGGCAUUCCUUGGGUGGAGCAGUGACCAGCCUUCUCGGCCUUACGUUUGGUCUUCCAACAGUGACAUUCGAGGCACCAGGCGAUGAUCUUGCAGCUAAGCGUCUUGGUCUACCCAGACCACCAUCUUCCGACCCUCAUCGACCUCGUACCAAGUAUACCGGCGCUUAUCACUUUGGGAAUACAGGUGAUCCGGUCUUCAUGGGCACCUGCAAUGGAGCCACAGCAACAUGCACACUUGGUGGCUACGCCAUGGAAUCACAAUGUCAUACGGGAAAGCAAUGUGUAUACGAUACAGUGAGUGACUACGGCUGGCGGGUUGGUAUCGGGAAUCACAAGAUCCGCAAUGUCAUCGACAGCGUGAUCAAGAAAUAUGACAAAGUACCCAAGUGCAUACCUGACGACGAAUGCGUUGACUGUUACAACUGGAAUUUCUUCGAGAGCAAUGGUUCUGAUUCCACGACUACGAGCUCAACAUCGACAACGACGUCUACACGGACGAGAACGACAACUUGCAAAACACCAGGCUGGUGGGGAUGUUUGGACGAAUCAUCCACCACGACCCAGACAACACCUGUCACUUCCACAACUUAUACAACGACUACGUGUCUGACUCCAGGUUGGUUUGGGUGUAAAGAAAGUGCCAACUUGACAGUGACUACGACAACAGCGGUGCCAACAACACCUGCUACUCUCACGAGCGGUCCUAUUUCAGCAACUUCCACGUCGGCCACAUGUGAACAUCCAGGAUGGUGGGGAUGUCGAGACCCGACGACAUCUCCAAAAGCCACACCUUCACCAACGGUGUCACAAACUCGAGCCACCAAGACGGACGGACCACGUACUUGCGAGACACCAGGAAUCUUCUUUGGUUGUCACGAUCGCCCGCAUCACACGAGUGCAGAUGUUUCCUCAACCACACGGACGGGAGUGGUCACUGAUAGCCUUAGUGCGACAGGAAGCAGCACACGGCCGACGAGUACGAAGCCAGGACAUGGUGGGAAGAAGAAACACAAAAAGUGCAAACAUCCUGCCUUUUUUGGUUUGAUCUGCCUCGACGAGUAUGAGGAAGUUGAGGUUUUGGAGCUGUAGAGUCCAAGUUUUUUGCGACGAGAAUGAUGAUGGUUCUUUCUUUGCGUGUUUCUGGGGCUGUGUAUUUGUGGGAUAUUGAGCGAUUGUUUGCACGAGGCGGCCAGGGACUUGGAUGGUUUAGGAGUUGUGGUUGGUUUAUGUAGCAUCGAAGCAUCAUUUGUUGAUACGCCAUUCAUGAGAUGUCUGUGUUCGGUUCGAAUUUGGUUGUCUGUGUUGGGUUUUGUUUUGGGGCGCCAUGAUCACGUCAAGAUAUUGACUUGGUUUCGAUAUACGAGAAUUACUUUACAGAAGUAUUCAAUAACAACUACCCUGACGUUGUCAGUCAACAAUACUUCCGAGGUAUAAACUUGGUUUCCAAUCAAAUUCAUCGCUGCAUAUGAAGUAGUGAC